AUGGCGGCCUCUUCCCGCCGCCGCUUUGUGGGCGGCUUCGUUUGCGGCGCCGCGGCCGGAGCCGCCGCUUCGUGUUGGGCCGCGUGGCGGCUCCUCCGCAGCCAGAGCCGCCCAGAGCCGGAGCCGCCGCAGGCAGCGAACAGGUUUCUGAGCACCCCUGUUCACUUUGGUGCCGCUUUCUGCUUGUUUCCCUCCUCAGAGCCGGCGCCGGAGGCUCUCCUGGAGAGAUACGGGUUCCCCGAAGCCGGCAUGGAGACGCGGUGCUACACGAACCACGCGCUCUCCUACGACCAGGCCAAGCGGGUGCCCCGCUGGGUCAUCGAGCACAUCUCCAAGCAGAAGACGCUGGGGGAUGCAGACCGAAGACACUGUAAAUUCAGACCAGAUCCUAACAUCCCUCUGAUGUUUAGUGCUGUCAAUGAAGACUACAUCGGGAGCGGCUGGUCGCGAGGACACAUGGCACCAGCAGGAGACAACAAGUUUUCAACAAGAGCCAUGGCUGAAACAUUUUAUCUUUCUAACAUUGUGCCUCAGAAUUAUGAAAAUAAUGCUGGAUUUUGGAACAGAAUGGAAAUGUAUUGUCGGGAAUUGACUGAGAGAUUUGAGGAUGUCUGGGUUGUUUCUGGACCUCUGACCUUGCCUGAAACAGAUGGCGAUGGAAAGAAGCGAGUUACUUACCAGGUCAUUGGAAAGGAUGAUGUAGCUGUGCCAUCCCACCUCUACAAAGUCAUUCUUGCCAGGAGGAGCAGAACAACCACAGAGCCUUUGGUGCUGGGAGCUUUUGUGGUCCCCAAUGAUCCCAUAGGCUUCAGUCACCAGCUGACUGAGUUUCAAGUAAAUAUUGAAGACCUGGAAAAAAUGUCAGGAUUGGUUUUCUUCCCCCAGGUGGACAAGACCAAAGAUGUAAAGAACAUCUGUGAUGUUGAUACCUGUAAACUGAUGGGUUUCAAAGAAUUUACAUUGUACAUCAGUGCAAGGAAAAUGCAGAGUGCCCGCACGUUGCACCGGCUGGAGAAAAUCAUGUCAGAAUUGAAGGAAGCGGGAAUUGAACCUGACGAGUAUCUUCUAAAGCUUCGCAAGAAGAAGGAGGAUGAACUGAUGCAGGAAAAGCAAAUAGAAGCUAGAGAGGGGAAAGCUGGCUGAGGGCUCGUCCAAAAACAUGCUUGUGUUUUGUCCUUCUAGAGGAAGGCAAACAGAAAAUAGGGCUUUCUGAGUUGCGUAUUUUGAAAUGUGAAAGAAUAAAGGAGCAUUUGGAAGUUGGUGAGGUUGGAAUAAUGUUCACUCUCCUGUAAUAUGAUGCACACGUGGUUUGCUGCAGUAUUUGGAUGUGAGAAAUGGAAACGACCCCUUUCUGGCAUGAAUGCAUUACAGGCCCUCCACAAAAGGCUUCGUACUAUUUUCCAAACCAGACGUCAGACUUGGGGUUUGUAUGGAAUCCCUUCUAGGAAUAUUGUAAAAAUAGCCAGUAAACACCUUGGGAGUGUAACUGGAACAUGUCUGAAUGUAACAGCCUGCAACUGUCUUUCACUAAGUUAAUUUAGACAUGUUUUAUUAAAUUUUUUUUUUAUAAAAUAAACCUACAUUAAACAAUCCCUUACAAUCAUAGUAACUUAGUUGUGUUCAACAAAAUUCAUGUGCUCUUGCAUCUACAGACUUCGUGUGCUUUGGAUACUUC